AACAUCCAAUGUCCAAGAAGAUAAUCAUCGUCGGCGGGCACGGAAACGUCUCGCUAAGACUCGCGCGGCUCCUCUCCACAUCCCACGCCGUAACCUCCCUAAUCAGAAACCCAGAACACCAACAAGACAUCCUCGAUACCUCCGCCAAACCCCUCCUCCUCUCCCUCGAAGACGUUUCCGUCCCAGAUCUAAGCAAAGCUUUUGAGGGGUACGACGUCGUCUAUUUCUCCGCAGGCGCCGGAGCCAACGGCGGGGAAGAAAGGACCAAGAAGGUCGAUUAUGAAGGUGCCGUAAAGGUAUUCGACGCGAUUGAGGGUAUUACGACAAGUAAACCGAGGUUGAUCUUGGUUUCCGCUGUGGAUAUUAGAGAUCCGGAAAAAGUACCGGCGCAUUAUGCAAGUUUUAACGAAGACGACAUCGCGCGGUCUAAACGGAUCCGAGCUGUAAUACCCGCAUAUAUGCACUGGAAGUACGAAGCCGAUAAGAAUCUGGUGAAACGCGAUGCGUUCAAAUGGACCAUCGUCCGACCUGGGGGGUUAAUGAAUAACCCUGGGACUGGGAAGGCGGACAUUGGCAGGACACAUCUGGAAAAGACUAUUUCUAGAGACGACGUGGCUAAGGUUCUUGCUCUUCUUGUUGACAGAGAGGAUGCGGCAGGUUUGGCUAUCGAUGUUGUUGGCGGGGAUAACCCGAUUGAAGAAGCUUUGAAUGCGUUUAUUGAAAAGGGGGAGACAGAUUUUUUGGGAUAAACCUUGGAAGCUCAAAACCGAUACCAUGACCUAUUGUGUACAAUUGAAGUUGACUCAGAAUUCACAUGUACAUUACUUACUGUCGUGUUUUGGGU